AGUAUGAAUAACGUUUUUUUCAUGAAUGUUGCAAACAAUUAUUCCAAAUUAAACAACGAAGAAAGAGAAAUUGAAAUACAUAAUUCUAUGGCAUCAAGAUAUUAUUCAAAAACGAUGUUUUCUGCUUUUCAGAUGUUAUUUUCAACAAUGUUAAGUAAUGAAGUAGAUCAUCUUGAUAAAGCAUAUGGAAUAAGUGAAAAUAUACAAGUAGCAACAAGUACGUCUGCUUUUCUUACAUUUGCAUAUGUAUAUAACGGAAGUAUUAUGGAUAGUAUGACAAACAGUCUAUUACCACCAUAUGCUAAAAAACCAAUAACACAAUUAAAAUAUGGUAAAACAUUCGUAUAUUCUAAUUAUUUUAUGUUAGCCUCAAAAAUGUAUGAAAUGUUGAAUUAUAAGAAUUUGAGCCUUUUAUGUGAAUAUCAAGCAGUAGCUAGCGCAAAUUUUUACUCGGCUAAAAAAGUAGGUCAGUACAUUGGUAGAAAAUUUUUACCAAUUACGACUUUUUAUCUUUAUAAGAGGUUAACAUGUUAUACACCUUCUUUGAAACCUGAAACAUCUUAUCAAUUUUUCGUGCGUUGGGACGAAACUCAUCCCACAUAUUUCUAUUUUUAUUUUUUUACUAAUUUGUACCUUGAUUCUGGAAAGUUCUUUCCUGGUGGUUUUGGAAGUGCAAUAAAAGAACAAACACAACACAUUUCAGAAUGUACUUACGAACGUAAACCAGGAGUUCAUGGAAUUACUAGAAAUUUUUUUAUAGAGCUUACUAAUGGAUUUAUGUAUGCGUUUUUAUUUUUUGCUGUUUCACAAUUAUAUGCUUAUUUUGAAAAUGUGAACUUUUAUAUUACAAGCAAUUUCCGUUUCUUGGAUAGAUAUUAUGGUGUGUUCAAUAAAUAUUUUAUAAACUAUGCAAAAACUAAACUUAAAGAAUUUACAAGUGAUAAACUAAUAAAAUAUGGACAUGAAGCAUAUAUAGCUAUGAAGAAAGAAGGUUAUCUUGGAGAAGUAAUUUCUGCUAGACUUAGUCCUAAGAACAAUAUCGUGAAAUAUUUGUACAAUAAUAAUGAAGAUGUUAUGAAUAAUUUAAGAAGAUAUGAUAUGGAAAACAUUCUUAAAAAUAAAAUGACAACAUAUGUAGAUGAUUAUGCAUUUUUUGAUGAUUGUGGUAAAAAUGAAAAGUUUUUAAAUGAUAGAUGUACUUCAUGUCCUGUUUAUGAAGAUUCACAUGAAGUAGAAGACAAACCUUUAUUAUCAGACACUAAAAAUAUAGAAAACGUAGAAGAUAAAAGUUCAACAUAUAUUGACUUUGAUAAAUUAUCCAAAGGAACAUUAAUAAACGAAGAUGUAGAUGCACGUGAUGACGAUGAGAAAGAUUUUGAUGUACCCGACAGUGAAUUGAUGAUUACAAGAUUGAAUUAA